UCCUGCUGCUCCCCUUCUUCCCUGAGAGCCCCAGGUACAUGCUCAUCCAGAAUGGAGAUGAGAAGAAAGCAACGAAAGCACUGCAGCGCCUGCGUGGGUGGGACGACGUGGACAGCGAGCUGUUGGAGAUGCGUCAGGAGGACCAGUCCGAGAAGGCCGAAGGUCACCUGAGUGUGUUCUCCCUGCUGUCCCAGCGCUCUCUUCGCUGGCAGCUGAUCUCCAUAGUCGUCAUGAACAUGGGCCAGCAGCUGUCGGGUGUCAAUGCGAUCUACUACUAUGCCGACAGCAUAUACGGCUCUGCAGGAGUCAGGGAGAGUGACAUCCAGUAUGUCACAGUGGGAACGGGAGCAGUGAAUGUCUUUAUGAGUGUAACUGCUGUGUUCAUCGUGGAAGCCUCAGGUCGCCGCCUGCUCCUCCUCUGUGGUUUUGGGAUCUGCUGCGGAGCCUGUGUGCUGCUCACUGUCGCACUCAACUUGCAGGUAUCGUACAGACCUGUCAGCGCUACUUAUGCCUGCAACCUGCCACUCUGCUGCCCUCUAGUGGUUCAGUUAUUAGUUCCCCAACCUGGAAAGAUUUAGAGGAGAUUUGCAAGACCCUGUUUAUGAUCUCAGGAUCAGAGAGUAACUCUAGAUUGAU